CUCCGCGUUGUCAUUUUCAAAAGUUUUAAUUUAAAACAAUUUGAUAUUUAGAGAGGCGCGACGCGGUCAACUGUGUUGGUCUUUCUAAGUGCUCCGCCCUCGUUACCACGGUAACCUCUCUGCAAUGCUGAAGCUGUGUGUUGUUUCUUUCUCAAGCUAAUCUUAAACUAGAAGUUUCAUGCAUUUUAGGGUGGCAUAUCAUAAUUUAGCUUCUGUACAAUAGUCAGAGAUGUCAUUACGCAACAGUACUAAAUUUCCGCCUAUAACAGCGUCAUAUAAAAGAGGGUAAGUGAUCAACACAUUUAUUACAAAAACAGCUUUACAGUUCACCAAGGACACUGUCUGUGUAGACUGAGUUGACUUUUACUGCUCUUUUUGUCUUACCAGUUGUCCUCAGGAUUGCCAUGAUCAACCAUCAAAGGAAGAUCAGGGUGAGGAAAGUCCUGGAACUGUCUCUGUACAACAUGUAGCCAGAAAGGUAAUUGAAGUAAAUACUUCAAACGACACCUGCCACAAUAUCACUCACGAAUUAUUAUUUUAAUGAGAGAAAUUGAACAACGGAAAUGUUUUACUGCUCUAAAGGAAGUUUAUCCAAAGAGCAACCCUUUCCCCAUUUUUCAUUGUCUCUGCAAUUUAGUUUCCAAGCAUCUUAUGUCUGUCUGUGUUUGUCUUCACUUUAGUUGUGCUGGAUGGACACUUGUUAUAUUUAUGCAACCCCAGGGAGGAAGCCUCAGCUCUUGAGGCACUUGGAGAGCUAUGUUAACAGAGAGUUGCAAACUCUCAGCCCUGGUGACAUAAAAUUUCAGGAACUAAAACUACAGGUACCCCCCCACACACACACACACAUGUACUUGGUUGGAAAUUGUUCUCACAUAUCCACACUUUCUCUCCCACAGAUCUAUCGUAACGUCUUUGGAUGUUUUAUUCAAGAGUUCAGAGCCUACCAACCCCUUCUGUCUGCUAUCAAAAAAGAAUAUGAAAGCACAUUAGGUUGGAGAAAUCCCUUUAUAUACAGUACCUGCUAGAUUAUUUUUAUUACUUGUGAACAUUUACAACAGCAUAACAUUGAAUCUAAAUGGUGUCCUACAGUGGAAAAGAUGGAGUAACAAAACGUUUGUCGUUUCAAGAUUUAUAAUGGCACAGUCCUCUUAAGAUUCAGCACAAAUUUUGUUUGGUUUAUACCUGUGUCCAUUCAAGCUAUUAUUUCUGUCAUAUAAGAACUUGUUUAGUCCCUCCAAGAAACAAUGUGUUUAAUUUAAUCUUAACACAGUCAAUACAGAGAGCUGCGGCAAAAAGAGACUGAAGUGAAGCCCAUUUAAUUAUACAUUUCUAGCUUCUUUUAAUACAUUGAACCAUAAAAAAUGGUCUUAUUUGUUAUGCUUAUGACAGAGUUAUUCAUAAAGUCUUGAUCUGCAGCAUGAGCCACAUCUUCCAUUUCCUGUGUACUGCUCAAUGAGAAAAUGGCAAAUAUUUAGAAUUUUAAAUCCUAUAAGUCAAUGUUUCUUGAUGUCUUAACUUUUAAUUUGUUUGAACAUAGUUCCUUUUUUUUUUUUUUUUUUAGACAUUGCCUAAAAACAACAAACAACAUAAGAAAUGUAUUUGUGGAGAAUAAGAAUAUAAUGCUCAAGAUAAAAAAUUUUAAAAAAGAGUUCAUUUUUUUCUGAAAAUAAUUUUUAGGCAAGACCUCAACCUUUGAUGAUGUAAAUAAAUCAGAUUACAGAAAAAAGAGCUAAAUGUAAGGGUUUAGGUGUCUGCUCAUGGUAUUUGAAUGGGUUUUGCAUCUUUUUAGCAUAUCAUCAGGAUCAAAUCCAAGAACUGGAACCACUGCGAUCCCGUUUAAGGACGGUAACAGAGGAAUGUGACCGAAAGAUUCAAGCUUGCUGUGAAGAGAAGCAGGCAGAGAUAGGAGCUUUGAAAAACGAGAAGCAGCAGCUACAGAAGGACCUUGAGGCCAUGAGGAAGAGAGAAAAGGCCAUGCAAAAUGUGGUAUAUGUCUGCAAAGUGGUGUUCAACAUCUGUCUAUUUAUUCAUACCUGUUACUUUUAAAGGAAUACAGCCAGUUGCAAUCUGCAACCAAUUGAAUGCUUCAUUUGUAUGUGUAUAAUUUUGUUCGGCAUCAGUUACACUCUUAGAUUUUAACUAUAAUUUCUCACCAAACCCUUCUAUUCCCCUUCAGCUGGACCGUCUGCAGGCUGAAGUCUCUGACCAAUAUCUGCUAUACCGUGAGGAGCGGGAUGCUCGCAAGUUGUUAAUAUGGCAGCUCAAUGAUCUAACAAGAGACUCUGUAAAGGAGGAGGAUCCUGCAGAUAAAAAUACAAGUAUAAUUGAAGACACAUAAAGACAUCAUCUUGGGUUUAGGGAUGUCAUGAUUGGCUUUGUGAGGAGACCCUAUGAGGAACUGACCAAUAAAAAAAUUGAGGAAUAUUAAUGAACAUUUUGAUACAGGGUUUCCACCAUUAUAUAUGAAGUUACAGCUACUUGAUUUAGCUUAGCAUGGUUACUGGUAAUAGAGGAUAACGGCAAGAUAUCUAAAAAGUUCACAGACUUUGUCGAUUUAGUGCAACAUAACACCGCAAGUUGCAAAACAUGAAGUGUGCCAUUAGUAAAGCUGUUUGCUACACUGUGUAUAAGCCAUUGGACCUAAUUUCAGUUUGAAAUCAGUCUAACCAAAGUCCUUUCAAUACACAAACACAUAUACAAACAUACAAGUUCUAAACUCUGCAUGCUUUCGUUUGAAAUGUGUUUCCUCUUUGAUCAAAAGUUAGUGAAGACCUCGUGGGGCUGCAGAUUGCUCUAAAGGUGUGUCGAGGAGACCUUACUAAAGCCCAGGAGGAGCUGGUCAAGUUCAAGGCAGAACACUGGGAUGUUGUGCCACGGCGCAACUGGGACACGCUGACUGAAACACACACACAGACCCUCCUUCAGGUGGCUUAUUGAGACACAAGUAUUGUACAGAGCCAGCUAGCAUGUAUGCUCUAAACUCUUGUUUUCAAAUUGUAACAGCCUUUGUAUUUUGCUUUUUUUCCCCUGGAUAUCCAGCUGAAGACGCUGCAGGGAGACUUUGAUCAGUUAAAGAAAGAAUAUGACACCCUACUGGAGCUCCACACAAGAAGCAGUAUGCAGAAUGAGGGACAAGACUCUAUCGGUGUGCAGGUAGCUACUUAACAGAACUCAUGGGAUCAGUAUUUCUCACAAUAUCAUGCAAAUAUGAGGUCUUCAGGUUUCUCUGUUUUGCUCACUCUCUGAUUGUGUACUUUUUUGUGCAUGUAUGUGUAGGAGCCUCUUGGGGAGGUUAGUUCUAUGAAGGGCAGUCAAGGAAACAGGGAUGGCCUCCACUCAGAACAGACCAGACAGCAUCAAUGACACCAAGUUGCAAUUUCGUUCUCUCUCUCGACUUUGAUGCUUUCACAGAAUAAUAUGUGGUUGCCUUAGCUCCUUUUCUAGAAGAAAAUUGAAAUCAUGCAUCAAAUCACAUUCUAUUCAUGGAAAUGCUGAAUUAUUCAUUAUUCUGUUUAUGUUUGGGAAGGACAACUAACUUGCUCACAUAAUAAAACAUGAUGUUAAAAAAAGAUGCAUGAGGACUAGUAUCUUCAUAAAUAAU